CCCGCAGCGGCGGCGGGCGGGGAGGAAAGGAAACUGGGGAGGGAGACAGGGAAGAGGGCGGAGGAGGAGAAGGCGAGGGCGAUAACCAGACGGGGGGAGGACGUCAAAAUAGGAUGAAACGUAAUUGAUUUUACCGCUGCCCGGGCCUGGAUAUCAGCUGCAUCUACCAGACAUCAUCGGAGCCCGGUCAUUGGGGCGAUAACGGAGCCGCGGUUACCACGGAUGACCGCUUACUAUGGAAGAUCUGACAGCUGUCAGCCGGGAAUGUGUUCUCAAUGAAUGGGACGUGUGGCCCCGGGGGCCCCGGCACGUCUGAAUGUGUGUACCUGGAGGAUCACAUGACCCGAGGAGAGGAGCUGACAGAUUGCUGUAGAUCGGAGCAUGGAGAUCAGCAGGUCGUGUCCUCCCUCACCAUGACAUCUGUGCUCCCCAUCACCUGGCAGUCCCAUGUAAACACUACCUUCUGUAUAUAGGAUCCUGUGGAGGCUGCUAUAAUUUAAAGGAAUAGUCCAUGGACGUGAAAUCGCUCAUGUGAACCUGUCCAGUGGACAGCAUUGGAUCAGAAAGGUUCUCUGGGUGCAGUGUCUGGUGAUGGUGCAGGAUUUCCCUCCAUACUCCGCUUGUGUUGGAGCUGAUAUCUUACAUUGACUGGUUUGAUGCCGCAAAUCAUGUAAGUUGCAAGGCCAGCCGAUAUCAACCAUGGUGGAUAUAGCGGAAAGUGGCCAGGAGGUGAAGAAGACCUUCAUUGUUCCAGCCAUCAAACCUUUUGAUCAUUAUGACUUUAACAGGGCCAAGGUGGCCAGUAACUUGGCCUGGUUGGUUGCCAAAGCCUUUGGUGCAGAAAAUAUCCCAGAGGAACUUCAGGAACCCUACUAUACGGAUCAGUAUGACCAGGAGCAUAUGAAGCCGCCGGUGAUGAACCUUCUUCUUUCUGCGGACUUGUACUGCCGAGCAGGGAGCCUUAUUCUGAAGAGUGAUACAGCCAAACCACUUCUGGGGCACGACGCUGUCAUCCAAGCCCUGGCACAGCGUGGGCUCUAUGUGACAGACCAUGAAAAGCUGGUGACUGAGAGAGACCUGAGGAAGAAGCCGAUUCAGAUGAGCGCUCAUCUUGCAAUGAUUGACACCCUGAUGAUGGCGUACACAGUGGAGAUGGUCAGCAUAGAAAAAGUCAUUGCAUGCGUCCACAAAUACUCGCCCUUCUUCCAGACUGCGGACCUGCCCUAUGACAUUGAAGAUGCUGUCAUGUACUGGAUAAAUAAGGUAAAUGGACACUUGAAAGGAAUCCUGGAGCAGGAGCAGCGAGUGAAAGAACAGCAGAACAUGGACCUAAGUGUGACACAAAAGGCCAGAUACAGGAAGGAACAGAAUCUGUACAAGCAGCUGCCAUGUAUCCCUCUUAUGGAGAACAUCUUGAAAGAUGGCACUGAUGGAUGUGCCAUAGCUGCCCUCAUCCACUUCUACUGCCCUGAAGUGAUCAGAUUGGAAGAUAUCUGCUUCAAAGAGUCCAUGUCCCUGGCUGACAGCCUGUAUAACCUUCAGUUAAUUCAGGAAUUCUGUCAGGAGUAUUUGAACGGAUGUUGCCAUUUUAGCUUGGAAGAUAUGCUGUACGCGUCGUCCUCUAUCAAGGCCAAUUAUUUGGUAUUCAUGGCAGAACUGUUCUGGUGGUUUGAAGUAGUAAAGCCAUCAUUUGUACAGCCAAGAGUGGUUGAUACACGAGGACCCAUGAAGACAUCCUCAAAUUCCUCACGUUUUAACAGGAGGCAUACAUUAUCAAGUUCCUCAAAUGCAAGAAACCCACAAGAUGCGUCAUCAUCGCCUGGUCCAGCUGUCAUUCGAAGAUCCUCUUCAAUGUCAUACGUGGAUGGACAGGUUGGGACUUGGCCCAAAGAAAAACGAUCUUCAAUGCAUGGUGUAUCAUUUGAUAUUUCUUUUGAUAAAGAAGAUGAAAUCAGAGUAACAACCCCAAGCAGACCAAUCCGAAGAUCUAUUAGUAAUGAGGGCUUCUCUUUGAACCUGACUCGUGUUCCAAAACACAUUCUGAAAAAUCUUUCCUUCCAAUCCAUCAAUGGACAAGGACAAUCGGAUAGCAUUAAUGAAGAAUGGAGUCAGGUGCCACAGAACUAUGAUGACCUCUCACCCACCAGCAACCAGUGGAACACGGAUGAAGUUGACCGAAAUAGACAACCCAAUGGUCCACGUGAGAAUAGGAUACCUGCAGAUGAACAGGAUACUCAGAUAGAAGCUCCUAGUAUUGAGGAAGCCCUUGAAAUCAUUCACAACCCAGAGAAGAAUACUCCUACCAUUACUGAUCAAGUAAAUAAUGGAUUUUUCCUUCAUAACACUGAUGUGAAUAGGGGCUUGCUAUUAUCUCCGCUACCUCUUUCAGGGACUAAUUUAGACAUUAUUGACACAAAAGGAUCCCAGAGCCCCAUUACUGACAAUACAGAGGUGGACACUGGUAUACAUAUACAAUCUGAAGACAUUCCAGAAACAAUGGAUGAGGAUUCUUCUUUGAAAGACUACACUGUUAGCUUGGAUUCUGACUUAGAUGACCAUCUGAAAUUGCAACAGGAAUAUGGCAUUCACAUAAAUAAUGCACGGGAAGCAGUCAGUCCUUGCCCUAGCUCUGUUAGUGGCAGAUCGCAAGCAGGUAGUACAGCUUCUUCCAGUUCAGGUGUCAAAAUGACCAGCUUUGCAGAGCAAAAAUUCAGAAAACGUAAUCAUGGAGAUAGCAGGAGCAGCGGAAGCAGUUCCCAGAAAACGACUCCAGAAGGUUCUGAACUAAAUAUUCCACAAGUGGUUGCACUUGGCCAGAUCCAAGAGGUAAACGUUCUUCCACAGAGCAAAGACGCAACACAGCUCCUGGCGUCUGAGGUGGUGCAGCUCAGAAUGAAAUUAGAAGAAAAAAGAAGAGCCAUCGAGGCACAGAAAAAAAAGGUAGAGGCAGCAUUUACACGUCAAAGGCAGAAAAUGGGAAGGACUGCAUUUCUAACAGUUGUAAAAAAGAAGGGAGAUGGUAUUUCCCCCCUACAAGAAGAAGCUGCAUCUAUGGAAACUGAGAAAGGUCAUCAAGAAAUCUCAGAAGAAAAGGAAAUGCAACCUUCUGAUACUGGUAUCCCUUAUUUAAAAUUGAAUAGUGAGCAAAUAUCAUCUAGAUGGCUGAAAUCUCCUACAACACCUGUAGAUACCGAAAAAUGUUUCAGCCUAACAAGCCCAAGUGAAGAAAACUUGACUGACAUUGAUGUAGGAGAGUACACUAAGUCAAUUGAAAAACUAAAUUACUCUCUGAAUUUUCUCCAGCAAGAAAUGCAAAGACUGGCUUUACAACAGGACAUGUUAAUGCAAAUGAGAGAGAAGCAAGCUUGGGUUAUCUCUCCACCACAACCUUCACCACAAAAAGUGCCCCAGAAGGAGUCAAAACCAACAACCAAGCCCUCUGUAACAUGGUCCCCAAUUCCUUGCCUUACCUUGGAGUCCCCCCGCCAAACUCACAGAUCCCCUCAAACUACACUCAAAAAGACUGUAUCUUUUCCUGUAAAACCCCAGAAGACACCUCGACCCAAUGAGCUUAAAAUAACACCUUUAAAUCGCACUUUGACUCCUCCGCAAUCUGUAGAUAGCCUUCCACGACUUCGAAGGUUCUCACCAAGCCAGACACAAACCAGAUCCUUUGUUUACUUUGGAGAUGAUAGAAAACCUGUAACCGAAGAUCAAGAGGCUAAGGAAGUAUCAAAUACAUAUGAAUGUUCUAAUAUUCAGACCAGUGGAAAUGAAGACAUUGACAGGGAAGGAGUAUCAUAUCAGACUUUUCAUCCGACUGGGAAAAUUAUGGAAGUGGAGAAAAAGCCCAUUGAGUCGACAGUAUCUGAAGUUUUGUCGCAGCCUAUUAUAGAAACUGUGUGUCUAACACCAAAUGAUGAGGUGUUCAGUCAGAGGAGCUUUUCAACCACUAAAAAUGGUAGUCUUAUUGAAGUCCCUCUCUCAAAGUUACAGCCUCCAGAGAUGACUUCUGAAAAAAGUGAAACAGAAAUUGAAAAAGAACAGUUCUCCGAGGACCAGAAAGUUUGCUGUGGCUUCUUUUUCAAGGAUGAUCGCAAAGAGGAAAAUGAUAUGGCUGCAAAACGUGCGGCUCUUUUGGAGAAGAGACUGAGGAGAGAACGUGAAAAUCAACAGAAGAAGAUGGAACAAGAGAUGGAGCUGGAACUCAAGAAAGAAGAAGCCAGACGAAAGUCAGAAGAGGAACGUAAUAAGAAAGAGGAUGAGAAGUUAAGACGGGAGUAUAUCAAACAAGAAUACCUACGCAGAAAACAGCUGAAAUUAAUGGAAGACAUGGAUUCUGUUAUUAAACCUCGGGUUAAUCCUAACAGGACGAAAAAGGCCAGGCCUAAAUCCCUCCACAGAGACCAACAUGUGGAAUUGCCUAGAACACCAAUCGGUGCUCCUCCAGCUUCAUCCUUUUCCCUGGCUUCACUGAACACGGGUGACAAUGAAAGUGUCAAUUCUGGGAAAAGAACACCAAGUCCCUUUAGGUCGGAAUCUGUAGAAGGAUUUCUGUCACCUGUCCGUUCUGGUAGUCGUAAUGGGGAAAAAGACUGGGAAAAUGCUUCCACUACUUCUUCAGUGGCGUCAGCUACAGAGUACACAGGACCGAAAUUGUACAAGGAACCCAGUGCUAAAUCUAACAAGUACAUCAUCCAGAAUGCUAUAUCUCAUUGUUGCUUGGCUGGUAAAGUGAAUGAAGGGCAGAAGAACAAAAUUCUGGAGGAAAUGGAAAAAUCUAAUGCCAACAACUUCCUGAUCUUGUUCCGUGACUCCGGAUGUCAGUUCCGCUCUGUAUAUAUGUACUAUCCUGAAACUGAGGAGAUAACCAAGCUGGCAGGCAUUGGACCACGUUCUAUAACUCGUAAAAUGAUCGACGGUCUCUACAAAUAUAACUCCGAUCGCAAGCAGUUCAGCCACAUCCCAGCCAAAACCAUGUCUGCCAGUGUUGAUGCGGUGACCAUUCACAGUCACCUAUGGCAAGCUAAAAGACCUAUGACCCCCAAAAAACUGCUUUCUUCCAAAGCAUAGCAGUGGUCGACAAACAAGUUGUGGCCUCCGGAAGUUUUAUGGAGAUAGCAAUUACUUGUUGCCAAUGAGACUUGUAUGAUGUGAACGCAGACUCUUCCUCCUGCUGUCUUUACACACAACUGGAAUGUAGGACAGUGUUGUUUAAGGGGAGGGCAGGGUGGGCAAAGCAAAGGGAUGUGUGGGGGAGGGGGGUUAUUUAUCACAAAAUGUUUUUGACUCACUUAUUUGGGAGGGUAUGGGGCAUGUGCGGUAUGACACUGAAGCACUGACGUUUGUCCAUGUUAGGUGAGUGGUAUUACUCGACAUCUCUUGCCUUAUCUAUUAUUUUUUAUUCGGCAUUUGCGAGUGUGCAAGAUGAUGUUGAGUUACAAAGGAUAAAUUAUGUUCUUUGUCUAUUCUGUAUUUUUCUCUAUUUGGAGAAGGGUGUAAAAUGCGUUUUUGAGAAAAUGCAUCAGUAUCACUGCCAAGAAGGGUGGCAGCAUGUACUUUUCUAAGUGUUUCCAGGCUCUCUGGCAGUGAGAGAGGAUUGUGGGAUAGGCAAGCUUACCUCAAAAAUGCAAGCCAGUAAGCAUGUAUUUUGGUGAUCGCAUUACUUCCUUUAUAUUUAUGUCUCCGCAUUUUGCAAGAAAAUGGCGUAUUUAAGUACUCUCUCCAGUCUGACAUUCCUAGAGUGCAACCUGCUUGCAUACGACGCCUAGCGUAGUCAGCAUUUAUGCUCUGUUCAUUUUUAAUGACUGUUUUUAUCGCCUCAUUAAGAGUAACUGUAUCUUUAUUUUAUUUUUUUACUUUUAUUCCUAUGUAUUUUAUUUAGCAUCUGAAAAUGUAAGAUCUUGAUGGUCAUUGGGGUUAGGUCCUUUAUAUGUGGGCAAACACUAGUCUUGAAAAGUUUGCUGCUGCCAGCAUAAUAUCUCCUGAUACAAGAUUUUGCUUGAUUUUUUGCCUUUUUAGUAAGAUAUUUAUUGAGACCAUCUGUUGAGUGAAGUCACCUUAUUGUGGGCAUGGCUAGACGUAAAGGUCUGGCUCUUUCAGCUGGCAUCACCAAUGUGACGAGCCCGGCAGUGAAAUCUUCUGAGAAAUAUGACACUAGAGAAAUAAGAUAACCAGGGCAGUGAGUAGUAACGAGUUCGGAGAGGGUGUAACACUAAUGCUGCAGGACAGGGCCAUGCAUCUCGUCUACUUAGUUGCAUGCACUUUCCAGGAUGAAAGGUAAGCGUGUUUGUGGCUGUUUUUUUAUUCUCCAUUUCAAGGACAAGUAUGGUUGUUUUUAUGAGACGUGUUGUAAAGUAUUUCAUAUCAUGUGAGAAUUAACAUUUUUUUAAGCUAAAUGCAAAGAUAAACCGUAUGGUCAUUACAUUUUGAAUAGUGUUUUUCACUUUAAUAUCUAUUUUGUUAUAUACAAGUUGACAUGUCAAGAGGAUGGAUUGUAUAUUAAUUUACAUUUUUGUUAACUUAACAGAGAUGGUCAAGGACCUGCAGAAUGUAAUUUAGUUUAUUUACAUGGAUGUAACCAAAAAAGAAAGAAAAAGAAAAAACGCAGGCAAAAUGGACCUGUAUAAACAGGCCAGUGUAUGGGAGACGGGUAGCGGUGAAUCAUUGCAAUGUAUGACAGUGCUGCAGGAAAGGUGAAUUCAUUACCUGCCCCUGAGAUCAAGGCCUUUUAUGUCUGAGCUGUAGAAAUUUCCAUCAGUAAUUGUAUUGCAGUAAAGACGUGUAGGGGGAAGGGUAUAGUUCUCUUACUUUUAUACUGUAAUGAAUAAUUAAGCGUGCCCAUGCAGCAUCUGUAGAACGCCAUACAAAAAUCAGGAACGCUUUUCUAACCAAUCACCUCCUCUCCCCCCCCUAGUGAUAGCAUCAUAGAACUAGGUCAUAUUAGUAUCGUCCGGUAAUUUAUUUUCAAGCACUGUCUUGCCUUUUAUAGCAUAAUUUGAUAAUUCUGCUUGUACACGAUGUACGCAUCUAUACUUGAAAUCGCAGGGUUGUGGCAUAAAAUUUGGCAAAAAAUUGCUUAAUAAUACUUCAUUUUUAAUACACAUUGCAGUAAAGCUAGUCCGAGUAUUAGUGGAGCUUACAAAAUAAAUUUCCCUGCUACACACUCGCCCCCUACUGUUUAUUGUCUAUGGAUAGCAGCUGAGACUAUGGGAAGAAAUACCGUAGCAUUCUUAGUAAACCUAUAUAGACAUGGGGCAAACAUAAAACCUAAGGCAGUCAUUAAUCACAUUACUAGGUCACUGUGCUCCUCUACUGUUACAACAAUCCAGCCAAACGUGUUGCCGUAAGUAGCUUUUCAAUUGUAGCCGUCAUUAUUGAAAAGGAAUAUUACCCUUCUUAUCCUAUGUGCUUCUGCCGCUGGCUGCAAUGAUAAGACGAUAGAACGCACUUACACGUAGCAGUGUUGCAGGAUAAGUCCUGAGUAAAGUAUUAUCUCUAGAAUAAUGGGUAAGAUGCUGCAUUGCAUCAGGUCACCCUGUUGUGUGAUCAGUCUGUGGAGGCUACGUCUUUAUGCACCGCCACUUACACUACAGAGACACAAAUAAUACACGCAUAUACUGACCUCUAUAGGAACAUCCAUUCCCUCUUGCUGCACCUUGGCUGCUGACAGGCAUAGAGUACGAUCCUUCUGGUGUGAACAUAUCUGAGUAUGUGGUGCUACAUCAGGCCAUUGCCUUCCAAGUAAAAGGGCCAUAUAAGCAUGACAUUCAUCACUGACCACAAAAACCUGACAUUGACCGGUUUUACUGAAGCCACGAUUUAAAGGGACACUGACAGGCCCAAU